CCGCUCCUGGCUGCGGUGCGGCGGCACCGGGCGCGGAGCUGCGGGAGCGGCCGGGCCGAACCGAACCGAACCGAGCCAGGCCGAUGCCGGCGGCCGAGCCGGAGCCCUCCGCCACCGGAGCCAUGUCCCAGCCCGAGGCGGAGCGGGCGGGCGGCGGCGGCGGCGGCUCCGGGACGGAACCGGGGCCCCCCGGGCGGGCUCCGCACCGUAACCGCGGCCGGCGGCCGUCGGGGCGCGACCCCCGCCGCGCCUCGUCCCGCUUCAACCGGCGGAGCUCGGUGGAGCUGGAGCUGCUGGGCUACCCCGCACCGGCCGGGGGGUCGCCGCCGCCGCCGCCGCCGCCCCCGGGAGCCGCCGGGCACCGGGAACCGGAGGAGACGGAGAGCGAGGAGGUGGAGACGCGCGCCGUGGCCACGUCCCCCGACGGCCGGUUCCUCAAGUUCGACAUCGAGAUCGGCCGGGGCUCCUUCAAAACCGUCUACAAGGGGCUGGACACCGAGACCACCGUGGAGGUGGCGUGGUGCGAGCUGCAGACGCGCAAGCUGUCGAAGACGGAGCGGCAGCGGUUCAGCGAGGAGGUGGAGAUGCUGAAGGGGCUGCAGCACCCCAACAUCGUUCGCUUCUACGACUCCUGGAAGUCGUCCGUCAAGGGCCAGAUCUGCAUCGUGCUGGUCACGGAGCUCAUGACGUCCGGCACCCUCAAGACCUACCUGAAGCGGUUCAAGGAGAUGAAGCUGAAAGUGCUGCAGCGCUGGAGCCGGCAGAUCCUCAAGGGGCUGCAUUUCCUGCACACCCGCUCGCCCCCCAUCAUCCACCGCGACCUCAAGUGCGACAACAUCUUCAUCACCGGCCCCACGGGCUCCGUCAAGAUCGGGGACCUGGGGCUGGCCACGCUGAAGCGAGCCUCCUUCGCCAAGAGCGUGAUAGGCACCCCCGAAUUCAUGGCCCCGGAGAUGUACGAGGAGAAGUACGACGAGGCGGUGGACGUGUACGCCUUCGGGAUGUGCAUGCUGGAGAUGGCCACCUCGGAGUACCCCUACUCGGAGUGCCAGAACGCCGCCCAGAUCUACCGCAAGGUCACCUCGGGGCUGAAGCCCAGCAGCUUCUACAAGGUGAAGGUGCCUGAGCUGAAGGAGAUCAUCGAGGGCUGCAUCCGCAUGGACAAGGACGAGAGGUACACCAUCCAGGACCUGCUGGAGCACUCCUUCUUCCAGGAGGACACGGGCGUGCACGUGGAGCUGGCCGAGGAGGACGACGGCGUCAAGUCCGGCCUCAAGCUCUGGCUGCGCAUGGACGACACCAAGAAGCUGCACGGCAAGUACAAGGACAACAACGCCAUCGAGUUCCUCUUCGAGCUCUACAAGGACGUGGCCGAGGAGGUGGCCCAGGAGAUGGUGAUUUUGGGCUUCGUCUGCGAGGCCGACUACAAGCUGGUGGCCAAGGCCGUGCGGGACCGCGUGGUCGCCAUCAAGCGCAAGCGGGAGAAGCUGAAGCGCGCGCGGGACGCGGUGCCGCCGGCUGAGCUGGGCCAGGCGCCCGGCGUCCUGCGGCUGCUGGAGGAUUUCAAGUCCCCGAUGCCGCCGGGUGUCCCCACGCCUGCCCCGGCCACUCCCGGCUCCGGGGACUCCGUUUUCGGCAGCGCCUUCCCACCGGAGCCCGAGGAGCCCGAGGCCGACCAGCACUUCGUGUACCGGCACACCAGCUACUCCUCGGCCACCUCCGACUGCGAAACGGACGGCUACCUGAGCUCCUCCGGCUUCCUCGACUCCCCGGACCUGUCCCAUCGCAGCGCCUCGGCGGGGACCCCCACCAGCCCGCCGCCCGCCCGCCCCGUGCGCUGCUUCCCCACGAGCAUCGCGGUGCAGCUGCCCACCGAGCGCCUGCCGCCCGCCAGCGGCUUCUCGUCCCCCGUGGACAGCUACGCCUCGGACGUGGCUUCGGGCAUGAGCGACGGCUACGAGGGGCUGUCGGCUGGCGAGCGGAGCAGCAAGCUGCCGGCCAAGCGGGCAGCGGGGAAGCUGCUGCGGCGCCGAGCCCGGUCCAGGCUGCGCAUCACCAACAUCUCCGACAAGAACGACCGGGUGGUGGAGUGCCAGCUGCAGACCUACAACAACAAGAUGGUGACGUUCAAGUUCGACCUGGACGGGGACAACCCCGAGGAAAUCGCCGCCGUCAUGGUCCACAACGAGUUCAUCCUCAAGUCGGAGCAGGACGGCUUCAUCCACCGCAUCCGGGACAUCAUCCACCGCGUGGAGACCCUGCUGCGCAAGGACGGGCGCGGCGCCGCCGAGCUGCCCCAAAGCCCCGAGGCAGAGGGUGGCAGCAGCCGGCCCCAGGCAGAGCUGCAGCUGCAGGAGCUCUCGCGCUCCAUCUCCUCCUCCUCCUCGCUCAGCGACCUGGGCUGCACCAGCCCCAGCCUCUCGCUGCAGUCCCCCGUGCUGCCGGCGCUGAGCAGCUCCCUGUCGGAGAACGACCUCUCCAGCCCCGCGGAGCCGCCGGCAGCCCAGGCCCGCGGGCAGCAGCCGGUGCUGCCGGGCUCCCCUGCAGGCUCGGUGCAGACCUGGCCGCUGGUCUCCACGGCUCCAUCCUGGCUGACGGCAGCGCCGCUCUUCCCCCAAACCCCCCCGAGCACCCCCGGGGCUCCCCCCGUCCCCCCUGCCCUCCCUCCGGCCCUCCCGUCCCCGCCGUCCGUCCCCUCGUCCCCCGUCCCCGGCAGCCCCGCGAGCCCCGCCGUGACCAGCGGGCCCUGGUCCCCGACCCCCCCGCUCCUGUCCCUGGCCAACGCCUUCUCCCUGGCGGUGAUGAGCGUGGCCCACACGCUGCUGCCCGCCGUCUCCUCCAUCGCCACCUCGGGGGGCCACCUCUACCCCCCGCUGCUGCCUCGGCCGCAGAACCUCGUCCUGGGGCCCCCGCGCUUCGUCUACCCCGACCCCGCCACCAUGGCCAAGCCCCCCCCGGCUCGCAGCGGGGCGCCGGAGGGGCUGGGGGCUGCUGGCCCCGCUGCGGGGGGUGCUGUGCCCUUCUCUCCUCCAGCACCCGUGGGUGGCGAGGCCGUGGGGAGCCCCCUGGCGCCGCCGAGCGCGUCCACGCCGGGGAGCCUGGAGGGCGGCGCGGUGCUGCUCGGCUCCCCCAAGCCCAGCCACCCGCUCAUCGUCUCCGAGUCGCUGCCGCCCGGCGUGCCCAAGGCGCGGCUGUCACCCAUCAACGAAGCAGAAGCCAAGCCCCAGAUCCUGGGCCGCUUCCAGGUGACACCGUCCAAAGAGCCAGCGGCCACCGCCUCGCCGGCACCGGGCAGCAGCGAGGGCGAGCAGCACGGCAGCGAGCAGGCGGCGAGCGGCUCCCCCCUGCCCGCCGCCCCCGGCACGGGGAGCAGCACCAGCAGCUCCUCGGAGCCGGAGCCGGCGGUGCAGGACCCCGAGGCCGAGGAGAUGCUGCCCGGGGAGGGCAUGGCGACGGCGGCGGCUGAGAGCGACCGGGAGGGCCCCGGGGAGGAGGGCGCCGAGGGUGCUCCGCAGGCGGUGCUGAGCCAGGUGUGGCUGAGCUACUCCCGCAGCCUGUCCUACGUGAGCAGCGACGACACCGAGAGCGAGGACGAGGAGAUCUGGGAGGAGCUGCAGAGCCUGCGCCAGAAGCACCUGGCUGAAGUGCAGCUGCUGCAGAGCACCCAGAAGAAGGAGAUCGAGGAGCUGUACCUCCGGAUGGGGAAGCAGCCCCCGUUGGGCAUCGUCUCCCCCGCCGCCAUGCUCUCCAGCCGCCAGCGCCGCCUCUCCAAGGGCAGCUUCAACCCGUCCCGCCGCAACAGCCUGCAGCGCCUCGAGCUGGCGCAGCCCCCAGGAAUCAUGCGCCGCAACUCGCUGAGCGGCAGCAGCACCGGCUCCCAGGAGCAGCGCGUGAGCAAGGGGGUGACCUUUGCGGAUGAUUUCGGCCGCAUGUAGCCAGCCGGCCGGGAGUGACUUCGUGAACUACCUCAACCAAGUGCCUGCUGCCCCGCAGGGGGUGGAAGCCCCCCCACGCCUCCUGGGGAGCACCCAGCGGGGUGCCUGCCUUGGGGGACGGGGGACGGGGGGGCAGCCCCAAGCCUUCUGCGCCCUGCCAGGGCCGGGCUGGCGGCACUCCGCUCGUCCCCACACGUCCCCGUCCGCUCCCGUCCCAGCCCUGUCCCUUCCCCGCUGCCCCCAGCUGUGGGAGGGAGCAGGGCGCUGCCACCCCUCGCAGCCCUGCGCCCCGCCGCGCUUCGUCCCGGCUCCCCGAGCAGAACCGAGCCUCCUCCGUGCCCCUGUUACACCGCGUCCUCUGCCCAACUCCACCGUGCCGUCCUCCGGCCUCGUCCCGGGGUCAGAAGCCCCACGGCUUCGCCUCCCGCCGUCCCGCUCGCUGCCGCCGCGGCUCAAAGCGUCGCCGUCCCCUCCUCGGCUGCUCCGAGCCCAGAGCCGGCCGCAGCGCGGGGCCGUGCCUCCUCCAGCCCGAAACACGACGGAGCCGGGGGCUGCGGGGGGAGGGCGGCGGGCGCACUUUGUUACCCACCGACGUCCGGGAAGCGUUUUCGUAAAUACGGAUUGAACACGA